GCUCUUCCGGGUGUUUGUCUUUAGUUGGACGGUGGAUUGUGACAGUCAGACUAACGUAGUUUUUCAUUAACACCUUACGCCUUAAUUUAGUCGAAAUGAAUCGCAUUUUUGGUAAAGGAAAAGCUAAAGGUCCGCCGCCGAACCUGACGGACUGCAUCGGAAGCGUGGAUUCUCGGGCGGAGUCCAUUGACAAGAAAAUUGCCAGACUAGAUGCUGAACUUGUGAAGUACAAAGAUCAGAUGAAAAAGAUGAGAGACGGGCCGUCAAAGAACAUGGUCAAGCAAAAGGCGAUGAGAGUGCUGAAGCAGAAGAGAAUGUAUGAAAACCAGAGAGACAAUCUCAUGCAGCAGUCAUUUAACAUGGAACAAACAAACUACGCAAUCCAAAAUCUGAAGGACACUAAAACCACAGUUGAUGCCAUGAAGGUUGGCCUCAAAGACAUGAAGAAGGCAUACAAGAAUGUGAAGAUUGAUAAAAUUGAGGAUCUCCAAGAUCAGCUGGAGGACAUGAUGGAGGAUGCCAAUGAGAUCCAGGAGGCGAUGAGCAGAAGCUAUGGCACACCUGACAUUGAUGAAGAUGACUUGGAAGCAGAGCUGGACGCCCUGGGAGAUGAGCUGCUGAUGGAUGACGACAGCUCCUACCUUGACGAGGCCUCAUCUGCUCCUUCCAUCCCAGAGGGCCUGCCCGGCGACAAGUCAAACAGGGAUGGUGUCCUGGUAGAUGAGUUUGGCCUUCCUCAGAUUCCUGCUUCAUAAAGGAGGAGUUAGAGAACAUGUCAUGCUGGUUUUACAUGUACCAUAGGCUUUUUUCUAUUUCUCUAACUGACACUCCCGGCCUAAGAAGGCAGCAAUAAAAAUCAAAGUGUCUUCUACCCAACGAACGGUAGAAACUGUAAGGUAAAAAUCAGACAUCUUUAAAGUUUGUGCUUACUAUUCUUUAUAACUACGCUGUGAUUGAUGGAAUUAGGUUUCUAUUCACUUUGUACAGUUUCUGCAGCGCCAUGUUGCAAAAAAUAAAAACCCUAAAUAAAUUAUAUUUUUCAAACAAUA